CGGCUAACACCUGUAACCCCAGCAACCAGGAGGCUGGGGUUCUUGGAGCGCCCCCCCCUCCCCAGGGGGGGAAAACCAUUGAAUUAUACUGUAAAAGUCCUGCCCUUGACCUCAAGGCUCUGUCCAGCUGGGACCCUGCAAAAGCUCAUAGCCGUACCUGACACCCGCUUUCAACCAGUUCUUCCUAAGGCUUUGAGCCGUGUGACCUCUGGUAACUGUCUCUGUCCUUAGCUCUUUAGGCGGCAGCCUGUUCCUCCCAGCAGCCCUUUAGGUUACCCAGUCUCCUUCCAGGUCACUGUUCAUACUGAAUUCUUUAGCCACCACCAGGAAGGGUCAGUGUCUGGGUCCUCCUUGCCCCUCCCUCCACGGUGGCACAGGGCACUGGGCCUCCAUUGGGAUAAGUAGGGAAGGGGGGGUGUGCCAGCAAACAUUGGGAAGAUCUAACUGCAGCCCUCCUAGGAACACAGAGCAUCCGCCCCUCCCAAGAUGUAAACUCCUCCCCCAUGCAGUCAGGCUCUUCUGGGGCCAAGGGAGGGUGGGGUGAGGCCACGCCACCACCUCCGGUGACCUCAUUGGCAGCUGGCAUUAUGAUGUCACUGGCCUAGCAUUCUGAGUUCCUGCAUGUGUAUCUCUGAGCCUCCAGGUGGGGCACUCCCCUGGGGGCCCCCGUGACAGCUCACCCCUGACCACGAAGAGGUGACAGGCACGAGUAAAGACGUUUCCACGUGGACACCUGACCAUGUGCCUGCCCUGACCGAGGCCCACCAGGCAUCUCUCUUGUGGGCAGCAAGGGCUCCACGCUCAUCUGUGAGGCCCCAGCAGUUUGCAGGCUCUCCCAGCAGUGGGGUCUGGGCCUCGGCCCCAUCAUGUCGAGCCUCGGCGGCGGCUCCCAGGACACCGGCGGCGGCGGCGGCGGCGGCGGCGGCGGCAGCAGCAGCAGCAGCAGCAGCAGCAGCAGCAAUAGCAGCAGUGGCCCAAAGGCAGGAGGAACAGACAAAAGUACCACCGUGGCCGCAGCGGCCGCGCCAGCCUCCGUGGCCGAUGAUGCCCCACCCCCUGAGCGCCGGAACAAGAGUGGCAUCAUCAGCGAACCCCUCAACAAGAGCCUGCGCCGGUCCCGCCCGCUCUCCCACUACUCUUCCUUUGGUAGCAGUGGCGGCAGCGGAAGCAUGCUGGGGGGGGAGUCUGCCGACAAGGCGGCCGCCGCCGCCGCCGCCGCCCUGUUGGCCAAUGGUCACGACCUGGCCGCGGCCAUGGCCGUGGACAAGAGCAACCCUACCUCAAAGCACAAAAGUGGUGCUGUGGCCAGCCUGCUGAGCAAGGCGGAGCGGGCCACAGAGCUGGCCGCCGAGGGACAGCUCACGCUGCAGCAGUUCGCACAGUCCACGGAGAUGCUGAAGCGGGUGGUGCAGGAACACCUGCCGCUGAUGAGCGAGGCGGGCGCCGGCCUGCCCGACAUGGAGGCCGUGGCCGGUGCCGAAGCCCUCAACGGCCAGUCCGACUUCCCCUACCUGGGCGCCUUCCCCAUCAACCCGGGCCUCUUCAUCAUGACCCCAGCCGGUGUGUUCCUGGCCGAGAGCGCUCUGCACAUGGCCGGCCUGGCCGAGUACCCCAUGCAGGGAGAGCUGGCGUCCGCCAUCAGCUCAGGCAAGAAGAAGCGGAAACGCUGCGGCAUGUGUGCGCCCUGCCGGCGGCGCAUCAACUGCGAGCAGUGCAGCAGUUGUAGGAACCGAAAGACUGGCCAUCAGAUUUGCAAAUUCAGAAAGUGUGAGGAACUCAAAAAGAAGCCUUCCGCUGCUCUGGAGAAGGUGAUGCUUCCGACGGGAGCCGCCUUCCGGUGGUUUCAGUGACGGCCGGGAACCCAAAGCUGCCCAAAGCUGCCCUCACCCUGCAAUGUCACUGUUCGCGUGGUCUCCGGCAAGGGAUUCGGGCGAAGACAAACGGAUACACCCGUCUUUAGAACCAAAAAUAUUCUCUCACAGAUCUCAUUCCUGUUUUUAUAUAUAUAUAUUUUUUGUUGUCAUUUUAACAUCUCCACGUCCCUAGUAUAAAAAGAAAAAGGAAAAAAAAAAAUCUAACUGCUUUUUCAGGAGAAGAACAACAAAAGAGGUAAAGACGAAUCUAUAAAGUACCGAGAGUUCCUGGGCAAAGAAUGGACAAUCAGUCUCCUUCCUGUGUCACUGUCGAUGUUGUCUGUGCGGGAGAUGCCGUUUUGUGUAGAGAAUGUAAAUUUUCUGUAACCUUUUGCAAUCUAGUUACUAAUAAGCACUACUGUAAUUUAGCACAGUUUUAACUCCACCCUCACCUUAAACUUCCUUUGAUUCUUUCCAACCAUGAAAUAGUGCAUAGUUUGCCUGGAGAAUCCACUCACGUUCAUAAAGAGAAUGUUGAUGGCACCGUGUAGAAGCCCCUCUGUAUCCAUCCAUCCACACGAGCAGAGCUACAGGCCAGAGCCCACUGGGACUGGGAGGCCCUGGCCCAGGCCCGGCCAAGUGGCACCCGCCGCCCCCUGGCUGGGAUCCCCCCCAACCCCAACAAGUGACGGAUUUUGGAGAUGAAAAUUCCAUUCGCUGAUCCGCUGAGAUCUGGGGAGCCCGCAUCUCAAUCCUGGCUACGUCCCCUAGAGAAAAUAAGCCCUCCUUUUUCAGCCUUGCUCAGAGCAGCAGAAGGAAGGGCUGCUCUGUCUGCGUGGUCCCCUACCUACUGGUAGGGGUGGGUGCCCAGGGGGGCUCCCUGCCUGUGGCCAGCUCCCUGCUGAGGAAACAUGCUGUUUGUAUUGUUUUAGGAGACCAGGCUGUUUUGUGAAUAAAACUGAAUGCAUGUUUGUGUCAUGAUA